AUGGUACCUAAAAAAGGUCUAUGGGGGGCUGCUCUCUCUAAACUACGAAAAGCGCAAACACAAGCACCUGCACGUGAGCCAGAGAUCCCCCCUACCCAGCCUGUCUAUCCUCGUUUCCAGCCUGUAUCAAACAAUUCCACUUAUUCUGAAUUCAUGUUCCCUCCUACUCCUCUCCCAUCUGUCCCUAUGGCGUCUGAUUCCAACCUUGACCCUCUGGCAAUGGCUUCGACUAUUUCCCAGGGUCGCCUGAAUGCUCUGAAAUCGGGACAGGACUUGGAUUUGUUUUUCCAACGGGGUAAGGACUGUAUUGAUGCUUAUGCCCAGGCCACCAAGGCCAAGAUGGAGAAUGCAUGUGCCCGCGUCAAAGAUGGAGAAGACCCUCCAUAUGAAGAGAUCGAACAGAUGAAGGAACGCUUCUUUAAUUACUGCCAGUCAAUUGUGAACGAAGCACUGUCCAUGAUCUCUGCUGCUGCCAACCAGCACUCACGGCGGGAAGUUUCCAGCAAUUCCACCAUGCCUUCCAUCGUUUCGUCAAACUCAACCGCGACUGGGUCUGGACCGAAAACGCCCUUGGAAUUUGGCUCAUUCGCUGAGAGAUCAGGAUUUUCUGAGGCAUUGCUUGCUGCUAGCGGCCAAAACCGCCUUCGUCUUUACACUGUCAGCAGCGAUGACUGGGUCAUGGUCCCAUCUAUGCCUUCGCCGACAUCUCCAGCAAAGGUUGUGGCCCCCGAGAACAUGGACCCUGUUGAGGAAUCGAUUCAUUUCGGCGUCAUCGUGCGCAUCUUCAGCAAGUUGUACACCAUGUCAAAGAUGAUGGAGAUAAUCAUCUUGUACUACGGUGCUGAGGUCGAUAACUCCGAGACCGGUCUGCUCUACUGGAUCAAACGCAGCGAGCAAAACUUACGCACCCAGGAGAUGACUGUGAUGAUUGACACCGUUGAGAACCUCUAUUAUGCCCUCUAUGCUCGCGUUACAAUUGAGCUGGCCAGCAUUGAGCUCUGUGGUUCCUACCGAGUCGACCUUCGAGCAUUGCGAAUCGAGCUUCCGUUCCUCAUGCCAGAGGCCGAUCAUCUUUACCGCAUCAUUCUCACGUUCAAAGAAGUGCUGGACUCUCCAGCAAUCUGCGCAAUCCUUCGGAAAGAUGUCAUCGCCCACUUCCAGCAAGGAUACAUCAAUCAAGUUACAAAAACGAAAAUGCAGCAAGAGUUUCCCUUCUUUGACCCUCUCGGAUACCGCCCAUUUGCGAUGAGAACUUUCUCUUACCGACACGGAUCUUACUACGAGAAAUGGAGAGGAAUCAUUCCAUUCUUUGACGUCAUCUCACCUGAGACUAUGGCAACAAUGUCGGAGAAAUAUCUCACCAUGACCCCAGUAACUAUUCCAUCUGACGACAUUCCACUCGAGGAGCUUCCAUGGAUCUUCCCGGAGCAUGUGGGCAUGUCUGUCUGGGACACGGAUAUUGUGAGGGAUUACCGCUUGGCCGACGCUGCCAAAAUCCUGGGUACAACCAUCGGAGAAGAACGCAGAAAGGAGUCGACCCCUGCUCUUUACCACCUUAUCAGACAACGAAAGUGCAUCUGCAAGUCUAUCUGCGCGUGUGCCUUGGCGUGUACUCAGGAGGUAGAGCGCGGCUGCCCUUGUGCGGAACGACAUGUACGCAUCAUGACGACCAAGCGUGGUCUUGGAUGCAGACGAAAUGGACCUACUUUCGCCGCUACUGCUUGUACUACUGCUCGCAUGUUCUUCCAUGGUUUGGCCGAGCUCAGACGGGAUGUGACGGCUGCUGAUAUUGCCAAUGAAAUGGAUCAAUCUUUCGAAUUGUUCGCUUUGUUUAUCUCCACGGAGCGCGACAUGGCUUCCAGGGAAGACACCCAUGCAAGCUUUUAA